AUGAACGGAAUGACAAUAUCCAAAUUCCACAGCGCUCUCGCCCAAGACCCCUCCCUGGGUCCAGCACUAAUAAUCACCUCCCUCAAAUCCAUCAACCGCCACGACCCCAUCCUGAAAAGCAUCAUAACCACAAACCCCGACGCCAUCUCCGAAGCAAUCCAAAAAGCAUCAACAAAAGACCCUUCCCUCCCACUGCACUCCAUCCCCAUAAUUCUAAAAGACAACUACACAACCCCCACCCUCCCAACAACAGCCGGCGUCCGUGCCCUCACCAUCAAACCCAAGCACGAAAGCACCGUCCUCUCCCGCCUCAAAUCCGCCGGCGCAAUCAUCCUCGCCAAAGCGAAUCUCCACGAAUUCGCCCUCCAGGGAAUAACCCUCUCUUCCAUCCGCGGCCAGACUCUAAACCCCUAUGGCCCCGCACGAACACCAGGCGGCUCCUCAGGCGGCACAGCCGCAGCCCUAGCAGCCGGUUUUGCAAUCGCCGGCUGUGGAACAGAUACCGUGAACUCUUUGCGCUCGCCUGCCUCUGCGUGCGGUAUUGUCGGUUUCAGGCCUUCCACGGGCCGUAUCCCAACUGAUGGUGUUGUUCCUGUCUCUUUUACUCAGGAUGCACUUGGUCCCAUGGCGUUGUGUGUUGCCGAUGCCAGACUCUUAUAUACAGUCAUGGCUGGGCUACCUUUACCUUUACCCGUCUCUCGUAAGACGUGGAGAGUCGGUGUACUAGAGUCGUUUUUCGGUCCCGAGGGACUGGGGAGUGAGUCUGUUGCGGAGAAUCGGGUCGUUGGAGACGUUGUUAGACGAGCGUUGGAUUCGAUUCGGGGAGAUGUUGAGCUUGUUUCGAUUCCCGAGGUGGCUCAUCCGGACUGGUGUUUUAUGACGCUGUCUGAGAGGGCGGAUACGCAGGCUUUUGAGUUUAAGUAUUCACUUGAUAGGUUUUUGCAGGGGGAUGUGGAUGCUAAUCAUCGGUGCUUGGAGGAGAUUGUUCGCUCCGGAGAGUACUCGCGUGAGGCUGUUACGGAGGUUUUCUCGGCUAGCUUGGUUGAUCCUGAUACUUACUCGGUUACGAGUAGGGCGUAUCAGGAUAGGUUGGAAUAUAUCGAGACCCUGAAGGGGUCGGUGGACAUGUGUUUUGAAGAGUAUGGGGUCGAUGCACUUGUUUAUCCGCAUCAACGACAGUUGCCGGUUCGGAUAGGGGAGACGAAGCAGGGAGGUCGAAAUGGUAUUUUGGCUGCUUUGACGGGCAGGCCGGCUAUUUGUAUUCCUGCUGGGAGGAGUCCAAGCACCGAUACGGCGGUACAGGGUGUCCCGGUUGGAGUAGAGUUCAUGGGAAAGCGAUGGGAAGAGGACGAUCUGCUUGAUCUUGCAGAGGUUGUUGAGGGCAUUUUACAGGUGCAACAAAGCCCGGACUUGAGCUUCUUCGAGAAACUCGGGAGCAUAUAG